UAAGGUAAAGGUGUGUCUCAAUCUUAGAGGUUCCAUUCCUAAAGUAAAAGUUUCAUUGGAAACCCACCCAGAGAAGAUCCUUUUCUAGACUUUCGGUGCUUAAAUUCAACAACUCUCGUUCCUUUUAUUCUUUUCUCUUUCUUUCUGUUAAACUUGGGACAAUGGAAUCAAUUGUUUCUCUGCCUCAAUCUCCGUAAUCGAUCUCCCAAUGUUGGCAAAUGCUCUUUGCUACAGAGACAGAAAAGAAAAAGCUACGGCCUACAAUUGCUGACUUUGUAUCGCCUAUAAUAUUUCUGUUCUCUCUCUCCUUUUUUUUCCUUUGCUUUGACACCAAAAUCUAUAUCUACUACUACAUUUAAUAACAUAGUCUGGUGUUCGUUGAGGUUUUUGAAUCUUCUGCCCGCUCUCUGGGAAUGGAAACUUGAGCUAAAACAUGUUUCUGAGGUUCAGGUAACAGUACUGACUAUGGCAGUUGAAGUUUUCUCAGAGAUUUCAAGCGCAGGAAUCAGCCCAAGAAUCUCGUUUUCUCAUGAUCUCAGCCAAAAAGAUGAUGCAGAACCCAUUGAAGAACAACAUCACCGGAGAUUGGACACAUCACUCUUGGAUUCCAGUUCGGAUUUCGAUUUCUGCUUUGGCAAUAGUUUUGUCCAAGAAUUGCCCUCAGCUGAUGAGCUCUUUUCGAAUGGCAAGAUUCUACCAAUUGAAAUCAAGAAAAAAACGGUUGUUGCGAAACAAGUUUAUCAUCAAUCUGAGCCUGUUGCUUCUUCUCCCCAUCAGAAAACUGCAGACAACACAGGGAAGAAAAGAUUGAAAGAAUUUUUGUCCAUGAGUAUUGAUGCAGAUGACAAGCCUGCGUCCAGAUCUUUCUGGCAGUUCAAAAGAAGCAGUAGCCUCAAUUGUGAGAGUACUCGAAGCAAAAGCCUAAUCCGCUCACUUCAGUUUCUUUCACGCAGCAAUUCAACUGGUUCAGCUCCAAAUCCAAAACCAACAAUGCUUUCAAAAGAAACCCAGAAGCAGCAUUUGCAGAAGCGGCCAUCUUUGUCAAGAAAAUCAUCAGGGCCAAGUUCUUCUGGUGCAUUUUACACUUACAGUUCUACCCAAAAGCAUCCAUUAAAGAAGAAUUAUGGAGCAUAUGGAAAUGGAGUUCGAGUCAGUCCUGUUUUGAAUCUUCCACAUCCAUUCAUUUCCAAUGCAACUGUGAGUUUUUUUGGGUUUGGUUCACUCUUCUGUAACGGUAAGGUGAAAAAGAAGAAAAGCUGAAAAUUUCAGUUCCAAAGACUGAAACUUUCAAGUACAGUUGGGUUUUAGCUGUUCAUGAAUUAGCAUAUCUGUAAAUUGAAAGAAGAAAAUUUAGCAGAGAAAGAGAUUGGUCUUAUCAAAGUACAAUGGGGAAUCUGGUUUACUUUUUUUAGAGUGAAAAACAACAGUGAAACAACAGAUCAAAUGGGUGUUAUUCUCCUUUUUCAUGCAUAUCAUCAUUGUUAUGGACUUAGCAGACAGGUAAACAUGGGAUUUCUCUUUCAUGGCUAUCCAUGCUUACUUCUUUUUCAUUUUUUUUUCUUUUUCAAUCUAUAAUUAAUUAAAUGUGGCCAUCUUUUUUUCUGUCUUCAACCGUGAUUGAUGCUUCCUUUUGUUGUUUUGCUUGAUUUAAAAUACAAAGUAAUAAGAUUGUGCAUUUGGGUCCAAGAGGGACCAUGUUUUGGUGUCUUUUUGUUCUAUCUUGGUUUAAAGACAGAACAGUUCCUAAUGCAUUGGCUUU